AGGGCUAGCUAGGGAGCGGAACAACUAACCGACAAGAGACGUGUGUGUAUGUGUGUGUGUGUGUGUGUGUGUGUGAUUGAACGUGUGCCAGAGUCCUCGCAGCGAACUCUCUCAACCAGGCGAUCCAUCGCUCUCUGUAGUCGUGUGCGAACAAGCCUGCCACCAAAAACGCUCCGCUAGGCGACGACGACGACGACAGCGUCCAGCGCACCAACGCACCAACGCACCGACGGAUCGGCAAACGUGAUCCAGCAAAAACAAAAAAAAGCAAACAGUGCGUGGCGGCCAGAAUGACGAUCAACACCGACGACCAGUAUGCCGAUGGUGAAAGUAAAACGACCAUCAGUUCAAGCCGGCGCUACAGUACGAGUAGCUUCCAGGACCAGUCGAUGGAGGAUGACGGUAUCAAUGCGACGCUGACGAACGACAAGGCCACGCUGAUCCAGGUGUGGCGCCCGAAGAGCUACGGUUCGGUGAAGGGCCAGAUACCGGCGCAGGACCGGCUGACGUACACGUGGCGUGAGAUCGACGUGUUUGGGCAGGCGGCCACCGAUGCCAAGUCCCGUGAACCACUCUGCAGCCGGCUCCGGCACUGUUUCACCCGCCAGCGGCUGGUGAAGGACUUUAAUCCGCGCAAGCACCUGCUGAAGAACGUGACCGGUGUGGCGCGGAGUGGCGAGCUGCUGGCCGUGAUGGGUAGUUCGGGCGCUGGCAAGACGACGCUGCUGAACGCGCUCGCCUUCCGGUCACCGCCGGGGGUGAAAAUUUCGCCGAACGCCGUGCGCGCCCUGAACGGUGUGCCGGUGACGGCGGAGCAGAUGCGUGCCCGGUGUGCCUACGUCCAGCAGGACGAUCUGUUUAUCCCGUCGCUCACGACCAAGGAGCACCUGAUGUUCCAGGCGCUGCUGCGGAUGGGCCGUGAUGUACCGCACAGCGUGAAGAUGCACCGGGUCGACGAGGUCCUGCAGGAGCUGUCGCUGGUCAAGUGUGCGGACACGAUCAUCGGUGCGCCCGGCCGGAUCAAGGGUCUGUCGGGUGGUGAGCGGAAGCGGUUGGCGUUCGCGUCGGAAACGCUCACCGAUCCGCAUCUGCUGCUGUGCGACGAGCCGACGUCCGGGCUGGACUCGUUUAUGGCGCACAGCGUGCUGCAGGUGCUGAAGGGGAUGGCGAUGAAGGGCAAAACCAUCAUCCUCACCAUCCACCAGCCGUCGUCCGAGCUGUACUGCCUGUUCGAUCGUAUCCUGCUGGUGGCGGAGGGUCGGGUGGCCUUCCUCGGUUCGCCCUAUCAGUCGGCCGAAUUUUUUUCACAGCUGGGAAUACCGUGCCCACCCAACUACAACCCGGCCGACUUCUACGUGCAAAUGCUGGCCAUCGCACCGAACAAGGAGACCGAGUGCCGGGAGACGAUCAAAAAGAUCUGCGACUCGUUCGCGGUCAGCCCAAUCGCACGCGAUAUCAUCGAAACGGCGUCGCUAGUGAACGGGGCCGGUGUUGGCAUCGAGCUGGCACGCGCCAAGCACCAGACCAACGAUCCCUACUUGCUGCAGCCGAUGGAGGGUGUCGAUAGUACCGGGUACCGGGCGAGCUGGUGGACCCAAUUCUACUGCAUCCUCUGGCGGUCCUGGCUGAGCGUGCUGAAGGAUCCGAUGCUGGUGAAGGUGCGCCUGCUGCAGACGGCGAUGGUAGCCUCGCUCAUCGGAUCGAUCUACUUCGGCCAAGUGCUCGACCAGGACGGUGUGAUGAACAUCAAUGGUUCACUGUUUCUGUUCCUCACCAACAUGACCUUCCAGAACGUGUUCGCCGUGAUCAACGUGUUUUCCGCCGAGCUGCCCGUGUUUUUGCGCGAGAAGCGUUCCCGGCUGUACCGCGUCGAUACGUACUUCCUUGGCAAAACGAUCGCCGAGCUGCCACUGUUCAUUGCCGUCCCGUUCGUCUUCACCUCGAUCACGUACCCGAUGAUUGGGCUGAAGGCGGGCGUUUCGCACUACCUCACCACACUGUUCAUCGUGACGCUCGUCGCCAACGUGUCCACCUCGUUCGGGUACCUCAUCUCCUGCGCCAGCUCCUCCAUCUCGAUGGCCCUGUCGGUGGGGCCGCCGGUCGUCAUACCGUUCCUGAUCUUUGGCGGCUUCUUCCUUAACUCGGCAUCGGUGCCGGCAUACUUCAAAUACCUGUCCUACCUGUCCUGGUUCCGGUACGCCAACGAGGCACUGCUCAUCAACCAGUGGGCGGCGGUCGGGGACGGCGAGAUUGCGUGCACACGCGCCAACGUCACCUGUCCGGCGUCGGGCGAGAUCAUUCUCGAGACGUUCAACUUCCGGAUCGAGGACUUUGCGCUCGACAUCGGUUGCCUGUUUGCGCUCAUCAUCCUGUUCCGGCUCGGUGCCCUCUUCUGUCUGUGGUUACGCUCCCGCAGCAAGGAAUAACAAGCGGCGCGCCAACAUUCCAGCACUACCCUUCCCAUUUUUAGUCUUGUUUUUUGUUUCCCCCACCCCCUGGAAAUCCUUAUCUCAUCCACCCAUGCCGUGGGCACAUCCGCACCCUUCGAAACAUACACCGCAGCUACCAUUUAUGUUAAGCGUCUGUACUAUUUUAUUACGGCUACCAGGUGCAUCGUAACAAGGAUGAUGCGACCACCAGUACUGGCACUGGAGUCUUAUAUUACAUACCCCGGAAAGGGAGGGCAUCAAAACCAAACCAGCACCUGUACCAUUUAUAUCUCCGCCGCAUACUUGUACUCUUUUCAAUGUAAGAAUGUAGUUUUUAUUAGCUUUGUUUACCAUAUUUUUGUUUAUUUACCAGCGAUUGCUAGACAUACGGUUCAUGCCUUCUUACAUGUGUUGAACGGACGGACCGAUUUACCGAUGCGCAGACUGUUGUUGUUUUGUUUUUUUUUUUUUAAAUCACGCAAUCACAAUAAAACCAAUUCUACCUAAACGUUCACGUGCAUGGAUU